AGAACCGCACCCACAGUGCGCUGAAUUCAUUCAUUCUUUAACCAGUGUUCUAACGUACUAAACUCGCAUUGUCCAUGUGGUCUACUCUGAAUUCUGUGCUUCCAUUAGGGGGCCUGUUUGGUACGUCGUCGCAAUCAACCGCAAGCCUAAAAGGCCAUCAGCCUUGUGAGAAAGCAUUGUUUACCACAUCCCCUCUUUUUGCAUACAAGGCAAAGCAGACAAACUUUGCCAGCUUAGCGGAUCCCGUCGCCCUCAAAACCUUUCUUGUCUUUUUUGAAUUUGAGGUCAGCAUGCUUCGAGAAAGCUUAAGCCUUGCUGUUAAUGGGACCGCAAAUUGGAAUCAAGAUGACUCUCAGGAGUAUAUAGAGAGUUUGGUCGAAGUUUUGGAAGCAUUGGAGCGCCUCAUCAAACCUAAGGUACUGGAGGGCACAGCUUAAACCGCUUACCUGGUAAGUUUAAACAUCAAAGUAAGCAGCGCCCCCUCCUCAACUUACUUACUAUAGACACUCGGAAUGCGAAGAUUUCCUAAAUUGCAUGUUUUGUCACUCCGAAAAGAGUUGCUAGACGAGUAUUCAUUUUACAGAAUACAGCAUCUUAUUGUGCUGCCUGAAAACCCGAAGCAUUUUGAGAAGUUUUUGGCCAAAGUCACUCAUUUCAAUUACAUUCUUCAAGAUUUAUUGCAACACCCUGACACAGCAUUGGAUCAACCGCCGUUUCAUACCACCAAAAGGUAUCCGACGACCGAAGUACGGGCAAGACUAGAUGAAUUUUACAAGAUACUUGAUAAGAAUUGGAAGAUAUCGGCAUGUGCUGGUGUCUCCCACGAAGUUAGACUACGAUUAUCAACGUCCGGCAACGUGUCUCGUGGCCCCUCAACAGAUGAAGAAACUUUGCCUUUUCGAAACGUAGAUACUCUUUUUUCUACGCACAACAUUCCUCGCAAAUGGAGGCAGAGCCGUGUCCAAGUUCACUCUCGGUAAUCACUAUCAAAAGUCUCGCCAGAGCCAGUAUUAAUAGCUUUUCAGGAAGAUCGAAGAAAUUUCCAAAAUAUCUAAAGUACGGUCGGAACCUGACGUGAAAGCCCAAAGCCCAAAGCCCCAAAAAGCGUAGAAAGCUGGCUCCCUUACCCAUUAAGAACAUCUGUGACGUUCUCAACCACUCUGAUAUUCCCAGAGCGUGCCUUUUUAUACGCACCGAUAAUGUUCUGUUGGACGAUGGUGGUAAUGGAGAAGAAUGUAAGUCUUAUGUCAACCAUUCCAGGCUAGGCUGUCUCAUAUCCUAUCAUCUCUCACAUUUCCAAUCUUAGGCUUAUACUAAUUUAUCUGGGAGAUUGCAUGAGGAAACUGCCAGUGGGACACCGUACGCCAAAAUAUGUGUUGUUUUCGGACACAAACCCUACCAUAUCAAUGCGAGAGCUGAUAGAAACUGCGCCCUAUCAUUUCACACUCAAGGAACGGAGGAUCCUGGCUGUUAUUCUAGCACAUUCCAUGCUACAUGUCUGCGGGACUCCAUGGUUAGAUAA